CAGCUUUUAAUGCCACAACCACCACCUCUUCAAUAUCUCCAACGCAUCAUCUCGCUUCACCGGACAAUAUCCGUGCCGUCUUCUUUACAAAUCUCAUCCUGCUUGGUGUAAAAGAUUAUUCAACACAAUCAAGUAAAGAAAGUACACAACAGAAAGCAGCACAUGACCUAUCCAGAUCAAGCUUUGUCCCAACUGAGCAGUUUAUUCUUAUUGAUUUACAUGGAUUUGGAGCCAACACAUCAAAGCCAUUAGAACUUCACAAACAUGUUUUCGCGAAAGGUCAUCAAUCCACCAAGGCAUUGGAGUUUGUCCUCUGGUUUUUGUUCACACGAUUGAACAAAAAUCUGGCUUGUGAAAGAUUCAAGGAAUGCUGGCCCAUCAUGGAUCGGCACGAUGCACGAGAAUUUAGGAAUGUAGCAUUCAAAUGGUUAGAAGAAUUAAGGAAGGAAGGGAGCUUCGGGAUCGGACACAAUAUGGAUCCGAUCAAUCCAUCAUUGGAGUCUGGGCAAACAACAGCAAAGACAACAAUAACAGGGUUAGGCGUGUUCUUAUCAACAAUCCGUAGAAGUUACUUGGAUGAGUCUAUUGGUGUGAGGAUAGAGCAAUUGAUUCUGAUACUAUCUACUUACAUCUUGGCGCAUGUUGUAUCGCAAGAGAUGAAUUGGAAAGCACAUCCACAGCCAUCAUCUCUUAUCGAAUCAUCAUCGGAAUUCUCAUUGGAAAACGAGAGAGUGAUGCAUAGUCUUGUCAGCGCUGCUCCGGAACAUGCUAGGGAUGAAGACAAGCUUUUUGCUAUGGUUAAUUCACAUAUCUUGAAAUAUUCUCAAUUCUUUGUUCAAAACAUGCAACUACAACGGAAAAUUCGUCAGAAGUGGAGCUCCAUGAGUACUGAGAUAACUAAUAGAAUUCAUGUUAUGAAUGAGGAAUUGGCCAAAGUUGAGGCAGAACGUCAUACGUUUUUGGCAUACCAACCACAAUUUACACAACGGACGGAAGCUUUAUCGUUACAAGAGCUGCAGAUCUUGGAGGAUCGUUGGAUCGAGAAGAUCAAUGCUCAGUGGAAGCCGAUUCUAGGCUUUGUGGAGCGUCAUACGGAUCGCAAAGAAGUCUUACAAUCCUUAAUGAAUGCCAAAUCAGGGGAAGGAACCUCAGUAUUAAGUGCAGAAGCGAUCAGGCCGGAUUUGCCGUUGACAUUCAUGCAUCUUGGUGAAGGUGGAUACAUAGAGGCUUCAUCAACCCGUGGAGUUGACCCAAUGUCGAUCCUCAAAGCUUGGAAGCGCUCAUUACAAGUUCUUAAUAAUAGCGGUGCUAAAUAUGUUUCUGGUAGUGACAAUACAACUGUCCAGUACACGCGACUGCUGCAAUCAUUGUCGGAGGAGCACAGCGAGCAGCUUAAAUGUAUCCGAGCGCUUAAAAAACAGCUUAAUACACGACUGGAAAACUCUAAUAGGAAACUGGAACAACUACAGAGGGAGCAUACCGCUAAAAAGCAGCCCUAUAAUCGUUUACUGUCAACCAUCCAUAUUGAUGCAGAAAGCAGUGAAACAGAGUUUAGAACGUUGUUCCCAUCCGCCACAGAAAUUCGUCAAGAGGCAGCUCUUAGCUCCAAUCAGGUUUUGUCAAUACUUGAGCCUCCGGUGUUGGGUUUAUCGGACUCUUUAGCCCGCGUACAUCGUAUAAGGACACAUGUUCAUGGAUCAGCACACCAGAAUCAAAAGUCAUCGGAUCCGGAAAUGAGACUCUGCGACGCAAUUAAGCAUAGCUCAAGCAAUAUAUUGCUACUGAAUGCAUCCUCUUCAGUCCAGCCGCCAGCUUCAAUUCAUUGCCAACUACCAACGAUUAGCAGAUUAAAAUUAGCCUCCUCAAAGCCUGCACCGAUCAAGCUUCUAGACCCAAGAAUAGGGAGAACUAAGACUGGUUUGACGGAUUUCAUUUUGACAAGGAAGCAAGCAAUAACCGAGUCGAUGGCAGCAACGUCAGCAUCAGUAGAACCCUCUCUAGAUGUGGUGACCGAAAGCAGGUCUCCAAUAUACACAGCAAUGGCGAAAGAGCCAGCAUUCAAAGACGUUAUAACCUCUCCUCAGUCAUCAGCUCCCAUGCAGACAAGAUCUAUCUUCCAGGAACGCCUUGGUGUGUCUAGAAAGAGGAGACAGUCCUCAGAGACAGAGCCAGAGCAGGGAAGUCUAUUACAGUUCUCAACGCGUAUGCCUGUUUUGGAGGUUGGAAUUGAAGGUGGUAUCGAUCAACAAAAGGAGCUCUUCAGUAUUUUUGGGACUGAUUCAGGUGGAGUCCCAGUAACACCUUCAAAAAAGCCUAGGAUAUCAAUGCUAGAGCGCCCAUUGUUGGCAGGGCAACCACCGCCUGCGUUUGAAUUGGGAUUGUCUACCAAGGGAAACAAUCAACCAAGCAUUUUAGAGCUCACUUCAAUUGAGCCACCCAAAAAGCCAGUCUAUUUCCCCAAUCUGACUCUGGAUGAUUUGCGUGCUCCUACACCAAAGCCAACCAAAACCAAGGAUGCUACUUCGGAAACAACUAUGCCUAUUAUGUUUCUGCAUACACCUGAGCGUAGGCAACUCUUUCAGAGACAAGUCGGUCCGCCAUCCAAGCUAGAGCUCCCUUUCUCUGCUUUAACGCCACUGUCCACAUCAGAUUCCACGCAAAGUCGUGUGAUCACUUCACCUGUUAAUGCACUUUCUCGGUCUCCGUUAUCGUCUUCUAUUUUUUCUCGCUUCAAGGCAGGGAGCAGCUUACCAUCGAGCAAAAGCUGGUCUCAGCCAAAAGACACCUUAAAUGCCGUACAUCCCAAUCAAUUAGUGGAUGAGUCAUCACCAUUUCAAGUGAUUACACCAUCGCUUGAAUGUUCCAUCUCUCUUGGCAAGCCUACAUUGGGCAAGGGGUCUUCAGGGACUAUGGCAUUGUCCUCAGUGUCCAAGGAUUUGAUGACGGAGGAUUCUGACUUUCAUUAUAGAAUUUGCAGCAAGGACCCUUGGCAGUUGAAUUCCUCAACAAAUGAUGGCAAUAACUCUUGUCUUCCUUCUGGAUCACUGAUCAAGGAUAGUUUGAAUCCAAAAGUCGACGUUGUAACUUUUGAGAAUAAACAAAAUGGGAUAACAACGUUGAAAAAAACACCACAGAGAACAGCCUUAACUACGACAACUGUUGAUCUAAAGGCCGGUAUAAACCCAUGGGGCCGUCCGCCAUCCUGGAAACCAAAAUCACCCAAGAUGGUUGACAUGGAAAGGAGACGGGAGGCUGAUCGGUCAAGUCGACUGGCGACUAGAGCUAUGAGACCAAUGCCAUCGCUAGAACCGCUCUCGAAAUCAAUGCUGGGCUCGCUUAAGGUCUCGGUUUACGGCCGAUCCAGAGCCUAUGCUUCAUCACCAUCGCCUACUUUUUUCUCGUCAACGUCAUCACAGUCAUCAAAAUCGUACUCUUCGGUCUCAAAUAUCCGUGAAGCUAACGGAUCAAUGACUACCGUAGACGGAAGUCCCAUGCUUGGGAAAUACGAAAUCAAUAAUAAUGAUACUCGAGGAUUUAGUCCGCCGCCUGUUUCACCCAUACAUACAAAUCAUUCAGAACCCACGUUCUUUUCCGAGUCUUUAGCCUCAACAGGCAAACAUAAGGACGUGCUAACAGAGUCACUUUUCAAGGCUCCAGCGCAAUCCGCUACAAUAGGGAAAUUAAUGAGUACUGACGCUGUUCCAAUGUCAAGAAGCUUCAUACUUCAGUCUGCAAUGAUAUCUACGCCGACCACGUCAAAGGGCAGUCAAUACCUGGCCCAACAACUCUUUCAACAAGGACAGAGACAGGUGAACAGGGACCAGUUCAUCUUAGGCGACGAGUCUCUCACAUACGGCAAAAUAGAAGAGAAUACAGUAUUGAGCCAUACUUUGGGCCGAACCUUUAAUGGAAACGAUACCCAAACUGAAGAUAGUUAUGAUGAUAAUCAGGAUCGAAAAAGUCUCCAUAACACGACGGCCUUGACUACCAGACUUGGUUCAAACACCUCUAUGUUGAAUUAUAGAGAAGAUGACCAGAGCGAAUAUGAAGAUGCUGAAGUAAGCAUUAGAGGAUUGUUUGAUGAGGACAUGCCAGAUAGCCUAGAUCCUAAUGAAUCUCUUUGGGAGGAGGACACAGGGUUUGUUCCAUAGAUAUGUCUCAAGGAAUAUCGAUUAAAUUCAGCUGAAG